AUAUUACGGCAAGUCAGUUCAAUUGAAAGCUGAAACUGUUACGCCUUAAACGCAGCGAGGAGGUUUUCGGCUUCUCCGAGAAACGAUGAGGAAUCUGUUUCUUUUUUAUACGAUACUUUCUUUUUUAUAAAGGAAAUGUUCUCAACAAACAUGUCUGUAAAGAAGCUAUGCCCAGGAUUAUACUGUGGAAGACCCAGGUUAAACUUCACUGUGCUCGGAGAAUGUGGGGUUUGUCCAAGAGGAGAAAGAACUGAUGAGGAUAAGAUUUGUCAGAUGUGCGUGGAGUCUCCAGAGCUGUAUGGCUGGCUUUACCUAGGCUUUAUGGCAAUGUUACCGUUGGUUCUUCACUGGUUUUUCAUUGAAUGGUACUCGGGCAAAAAAAGCUCCAGUGCUCUUUUUCAACACAUAACUGCACUGUUUGAGUGCAGUGCAGCGGCUGUUGUCACUCUCCUGGUAAAUGAUCCAGUUGGCAUGCUGUCUAUCCGAUCCUGCAAAGUGCAGAUGCUGUCAGACUGGUACACAAUGCUCUACAACCCCAGUCCUGAUUAUGUCACCACACUGCACUGUACCCAGGAAGCUGUAUAUCCUCUGUAUACAAUUGUGUUUAUAUACUAUGCCUUUUGCCUGGUAUUUAUGAUGAUGCUUCGACCAUUACUGGUAAAGAAGAUUGCUUGUGGUUUGGGAAAAUCAGACCGAUUUAAAAGCAUAUAUGCUGCCCUGUACUUCUUCCCAAUUCUGACUGUACUACAGGCAGUUGGAGGUGGUCUGCUUUACUAUGCGUUUCCAUACAUUAUCCUGGUGUUGUCAUUGGUUACCUUGGCAGUCUACAUGUCGGCUUCAGAAAUACAGUCUUUUAGGGACCUUGUUGCCAAGAAGAAAAGACUGGUUGUCCUCUUCAGUCACUGGCUGCUGCAUGCUUAUGGAAUCAUCUCUAUCUCCAGACUUGAUAAACUAGACCAAGACCUCCCCCUUCUAGCUUUAGUUCCAACACCAGCUCUUUUUUACCUGUUAACUGCCAAGUUUACUGAGCCUAACCGGAUACUGUCAGAAGGGGGGAAUGGGCAUUAAACAAUUGAGUGAAACA